AUGGACGACGGCAGCAUGGACGACGGCAGCAUGGACGACGGCAGCAUGGACGACGACAGCUUGGAUGAUGACAACUCGGACGAUGACCUGGGUUCUAUUCACAAUAUCACACGAAGGCGCCUAGCAGAGCUUGAAGCUCAAGGUCGAAGUGCAGCUGCGAACGGGGGUGAUGGUAAACUGGGCGAGGAGCUGGGCUCUGCUGACGAUGUCGGCCAAAGAAACUGGGCAUAUAUUCAAGCUCGGUAUCUUGAUCCAGACUCCGAGGCAUACAUCUUAUACGACGAUAGCCCUGCCGGAGAAGAUAUCCAGAUUUCCGCCCCCCGUGCCAUUUGA